AGAUACUAUAUUUAAAGUUAUAGAAUUUUAUUUGGAGAUGUUCUAAGCGGUUUGGAAGCAAACGCAAAAGUUUGAGGGACAAGGAAAUAGACGUUUAGCAAAGGGUCUAAAACGUAAUUGUCGCAGGUUGAGGUCAAUGUGGGGCUGUAUGAGGAUAAGUUGUGACUUUAAGAGUGAAUGAGAUUCUCUUUCAAAUGAAUGGUGUCAAGAAGUAGUAAUUGUUUCUUCUCCUCUCGUCUCCAUCCACCUAUCCUUAUCACCACUCUAUAAUGUUUUUUUGGUUUUUUCCUCAAAUUUUCUUUGAUAAUAACUCAGCGAAUCUAAUCCCUACUAGACCUAAUAAGUCCAUCCCUAUGUGAUGCACGCAAAUUGGAGAGUUCGAAUUAGAAAGCAACAUGUUCGUUGAAAAGUUAAAAGUGUUAUGGUUUCAACUUUGUACCUACUAAUAUAUUUUAGUUCCUAAGUUCCUAAGUUUAUUUCGUGACUUAUUUAUCGUUUCUUUUGUAAUGGUUUAGGUUCAACUUUCAAAUGCAACGUGGAUUUGUAGAUCUUAAAUCUGAAGUUUUUUUUUCUAAAGUUAUAUGCAAUUGGUGAGAUACUCACAUAAUUUGUAGUUGCCUGAAUUCAUAGUAAAAACCGUUAAUAUAUCUAAAACAUUGGUUAAAAAUACAAAACUAAAUUUCACACUUCCGAAGCUGGGGUCUACGGAGAUAUAAUAUAAGAUGGAUUUCGUAGAAUAAUUGAGAAGAAGGAUUGCGUAGAAAGGGAAACAACAAGAAGAAAGUACAUUGUCUUUGUGGUGAUAUUUGAGCCACGCUCAUUUAGAAUCUCACUGCUUUCAUCAUAUUCACAUUAUACAAGAAUAUAGCAUAUAUAUAUAUAUAUAUAUAUAUAUUUCCCUAUUGAUUAUUUUGAAACUAUGGGCUUUGGAUAUUCAUGUGAUCAACAUGAUCUUUAAAUUUUAUAAUAAUCUUAUUCAAAUAACAAAUGUCGAAUAUGUUUAAGGUUAUUGGCAUGUGUAUAUUUGUUAUAUAUUUAUAUUAUAUAGUUUCUCUAAACAGUGUAAAACAUCCUCAUGUUUGAUGAAGCUUUUAGAUGGAAUUUGACUAAUCAAGUCGUGAAUGUAUUUCUACUUCUUACCGUUUCAGAGUUUUCUUUACAGUUAAUAUUAAGGGGCCCUAAUAUUAAUUUGAUUGUAUAUAAAUUUGUUUUACAGUUUAUAUCAACUUUCGUUGCAUAUAAAUUUAUUUGUUAAACUAACAAAAUAGGUGAGUUUUCAAAACCAUAAAUACUAAAUUAACUUAUUUAAGAGAAUAUAUACGCAUGAGAAUAUCUUCAAUCAAUUACUUUAUUAUUAGAGUUGAAUUUUGUAGUCAUAUUAAUUUUUCAAUUUAAAUGAAAUAAAUCAAUAAGUACAAGUACUUUAAUUUCUGUAGUAAUCUAAUUUUUUACUUUAUUAUUUUUUUUUUGAAAAAAGAGUAGCGUUAGAAAAUACUUCAUCACAAUUAAAAAAAAAAAGAAUUUGCCAGAUGUUGGAAAUGCUGGAUAAGAACAAACAAAGCUACAUAUAUACCUAUAAUUAUUUAUGGUUGAAAUCAAAACUUUAGUGAUUUAAUAUGUAUAUUUUAAUCACCUAAACCUUUCUUUUGUUUAAGAACCAUCGGUUUUCAUCUUAAUGAAUCAACUUCCUCGAUAUCUUAUUUACGUAUUGGAUGAAAUUUGCAUGACUCAAAAUCUAGGUCCGGGUCGAAAGUUUUCACUAAAAAGUCAAACAUACCAAUAAUGGUUAUCUUUGAAAAUUUCAAAAUCAGCGAGAGUGGAUAUUUUACACGUAAUGAUGUACGAGACAUUUAAUUAUGAUGAUGUGAUUGCCGAAUUUGUUUUUCAAACCUUUGAUUAAAAAGAACAUUCAAAUCAUUACACCCACACGUUCAUUUGCCAGUAAAUGAAAAAUAAUCAAAGAUUCUUACAAAACAAGUGAAAAUAUCAUUGAAUGUCCUUUGGAACUAGAUGCCAACAACAAUCUACUUGGCCACUUGACUUGGGUACCAAAGCUCUCCCAACUCUUGACCCUUUUUUUUCACACAUUUUGCGUUUGCUGCUUUUGCGUUUGAUAUUCACUUGAUUUUUGACAGAUUCGUCUACGUUUGGACAAUGCGCGUGUCCGACAUGCGCACUUAAGAAGGUAGAAGACAUUUAGCUUUCUUUUUAUUCUAUCAAACAAAAAAAGUUUCAUACAUAUAUAUAUAUAUAAAUAUAUAUACACAUAUAUUCCUAAAAAUUCUGGUAUAUAUAUGUGUAUCAAAGAUAAUCCAACCCUAAAAGAAUUUUCAUUUGCAAAGCUAAAAUCUAUUUUUCUUUCUUGAGUGCUUUUCCAUGGAAGUAGAGCAGAGAAGGAUCAUGAAGAGAGAAGAAGAUGGAGAAGAAGAAGAAAGCAAUAUUCAACCGUCACUACAAGAAGAAUUACAAGAAACAGAGGAAGAGAUGUCUGGGAGGACGACCGAACCAUGGACGAAGCAGGUAACGGUAAGAGGAGUGUUAGUGAGCAUAGUGAUCGGAGUUGUGUUCAGUGUGAUAGCUCAGAAGCUAAACCUUACGACAGGGAUUGUUCCAAAUCUCAACAGCUCUGCAGCUUUACUAGCUUUUGUCUUCGUCCAGACAUGGACCAAGAUUCUCAAGAAAUCAGGUUUUGUCGCGAAGCCAUUCACAAGACAAGAGAACACAAUGAUUCAGACAUCUGCUGUUGCUUGUUACGGCAUUGCUGUCGGAGGUGGGUUUGCUUCAUAUCUUCUAGGGUUAAACCAUAAAACAUAUGAGUUAUCUGGUGCAAACAUGGAAGGUAACUCUGAGAAGAGUGUGAAAGAGCCAGGCCUUGGCUGGAUGACUGCUUAUCUCUUUGCCGUCUGUUUCAUCGGUCUUUUCGUCUUAAUCCCUCUCAGAAAGGUUAUGAUUAUUGACCUCAAAUUAACAUAUCCGAGUGGUUUGGCUACUGCUGUGCUCAUCAAUGGUUUCCACACACAAGGAGAUGCACAGGCCAAGAAACAAGUGCGCGGUUUCAUGAAAUACUUCUCAUUUAGUUUCUUGUGGGGAUUUUUCCAAUGGUUUUUCUCUGGCAUAGAAGGUUGUGGGUUUGCUCAGUUCCCAACCUUUGGCUUAAAAGCUUGGAAACAAACGUUCUUCUUUGAUUUCAGCAUGACAUUUGUAGGAGCAGGAAUGAUAUGUUCACAUCUGGUUAACCUUUCUUUGCUUUUAGGAGCUAUCCUCUCUUAUGGCUUAAUGUGGCCUCUUCUUGAUAAACUCAAAGGCUCUUGGUUCCCUGAUAACCUAGACGAACACAACAUGAAGAGCAUAUACGGUUACAAAGUCUUCUUAUCCGUAGCUCUAAUCCUCGGUGACGGUCUCUACACUUUCGUUAAGAUCCUAUGUGUCACCAUCAUCAGUAUCAACGCAAGAAUGAAGAACAAACCUAAUGACCUUGAUGACGUGGGUGACAAGAAACAACGUAAGUUUCUCAAGGAAGAUGAGAACUUCCUCAGAGACAAGAUCCCCAUGUGGAUAGGAGUUUCCGGAUAUCUUACCUUCGCUACGGUCUCAACCGUUGUGGUUCCUCUGAUAUUCCCACAGGUCAAAUGGUAUUACGUUAUUGUAGCUUACAUUUUCGCGCCAUCUCUUGCUUUCUGUAACGCCUAUGGGGCUGGACUUACAGACAUCAACAUGGCUUAUAACUAUGGGAAGAUCGGUCUCUUCGUUCUCGCUGCCGUCACCGGAAGAGAGGACGGUGUCGUGGCCGGCCUAGCCGGGUGUGGACUGAUCAAGUCCGUUGUGUCUGUUUCUUGCAUAUUGAUGCAAGAUUUCAAGACGGCUCAUUACACGAUGACGUCGCCCAAGGCUAUGUUCGUUAGCCAGAUGAUCGGGACGAUCGUUGGAUGCAUCGUGACGCCGUUGAGUUUCUUCUUGUUCUACAGAGCGUUCGACGUUGGGAACCCUAACGGCGAGUUCAAGGCUCCUUACGCUUUGAUAUACAGAAACAUGGCGAUCCUUGGGGUGCAAGGCUUCUCUGCUCUGCCUCUUCACUGUCUCCAGAUGUGCUACGGGUUUUUCGGGUUUGCGGUUUUGGUCAACGUCGUCAGGGAUCUUACUCCGGCGAAGGUGGGGAGGUUCAUGCCGCUUCCGACGGCCAUGGCGGUUCCGUUUCUUGUCGGAGCUUAUUUUGCUAUUGACAUGUGUGUUGGGACUGUGAUUGUGUUUGUUUGGGAGAAGAUGAAUCGGAAGAAAGCAGAGGUUAUGGUUCCGGCGGUGGCCUCGGGGUUAAUUUGCGGAGAAGGGCUUUGGACUUUACCGGCGGCGAUACUUGCACUCGCUGGAGUGAAACCUCCAAUAUGUAUGAAGUUUUUAGCUUCAUAGGUUCAGUCCAAGAGAGAAGAAAGUCUUUGUGAAAUUAGAAGACGUAAGCAAACUGUAGUCAUCCUAUUCUUAGAAUAAUAAGAAGAUUUGUGAACAAGAACAUCUCUUUUCUUUUCCUUUGUAGGAAUUACCGACUUAAAAGUAAAAUAUAUUUACAUGGAAUCGUGAUUAAUCAAAACAAGUUUUUUUUUUUCU